AUGGUCGAUCAAUGGGACGUUGUUGUAUCUUCAUUACAAGAGUUGUACAAAAAGCACGAGUCUCAAAGUUUCGAUGAUCUGGUGAACGAAAAGCGUGUCAAUUUUCAGAAUUUGGCUUUGGAGCAGCUGCGAUCGCAAUUGGAAGUCUUCUCAGCUCAUUCGCGAAACCUAGAGAGUGCGCUCGAGCUAAUUCGAGUCGUAUCGCUGAAUCUAGGCGGUGUUGUGCAGUACGCGCAAGAAGCAGAAGAUAAAUUGGAGGAAUCAGACGCUAAAGCAGUGUAUGCCGAGUCAUAUGCGGGAAGGUCUUUUUGGACUAGUCCUUUCAAUCCAAGCGAGCCAAUUAUAUUGGAAUCUGAAGUUGCUUAUAAGCCUAAAAAGGGUGGUGAUGGGGAAUGGUUUCAGUGCCAGGUGAUCAAAAUCUCUAGCGACGGCACGAAAUUCGAGGUCAGGGAUCCUGAGCCAGAUGAGUUAGGAAACCCAGGCCAAGUGUAUAAGUGCAGCUGGAAAGAUGUGAUUCUUCUACCGGCUGUGAGUACCCCGAAACAGCAGACCCCUAAUUACCCUAGUGGCACGAAGGUAUUGGCACGUUAUCCAGAGACAACAACUUUCUAUCCAGCAGUGGUGAUUGGCCAUAAGCGGGAUGGGACUUGCAAGCUAAGAUUUGAUGGUGAAGAGGAAGUUGACAAAGAGACGGAGGUUGCUAGGAGACUUGUGCUGCCCUUCCCAGCCCGGCGUUAG